UGUGCCCGGGCAGAGCUGCGUCUCCGGGACUUUGCAGAAACAGCGGUGCGUCCCACCCCGACCCUCAUGAACGGCAGGCAAAAGAAGUUUCCCUUCUCGGGCUAAGAAGCAGGUUUUCCUCUCUCCCGGUCUUUGUGGGGCAGCAGCCAUGGGGCCUGCUCUCGUUCUCCCGUUGCUGCUGCUGCUGCUGGGACCCUCUUUGGUCCCUGGAAGUGGAGGAGGGAAGAAGCCCCCCCCAGCCCCCCAUUUCUUGUACCAGCAGAAGUGGGAAUGCCGCUUCAGCAACGGGACCGGGCAGCCGCAGGUGCGCUUCCUCUGCAGGUACAUCUACGGGCGGCAGAAUUACGCGCACUUCGACAGCCGCCUGGGCAGCCACGUAGCCGACGCCGAGUGGGCAGAGCAGGACGUCCAGCGAUGGAACCGCAACAAGGACGACCUGCGGGUCUGGAGGGCCCAGGUGGAUCGCUUCUGCCGCUACAACUACGACAACAUCUUCGGGCCUUUUUCCCACCGGCGGCGGGUUCAGCCCUCCGUCUCCAUCUCCCCCACCAAGGAUGACCCCCUGUCCCCCCACACCCUCCUGCUCUGCACUGCAGCCAGUUUCUAUCCCCUGGAGAUUGAGAUCCAGUGGCUGAAGAACGGGCAGGAGCAGAAGGAAGGGGUCUUUUACGGGGAGGAGCUCCGGAACGGGGACUGGACCUACCAGAUCCAGGUGAUGCUGGAGACGAAGCCGGAGCAUGGAGACGUCUACACCUGCCAGGUGGAGCACGCCAGCCUGGAGGCCCCCGUCACCGUCCAAUGGGAGCCACGGAAGUCGGACUCUGCCAGGAGCAAAGUGUGGACGGGGGCCGUGGGGGCCGUGCUGGGCGUGGUCUUUGUGGCCGUGGGACUCUCCCUCUACCUGAAGGAGAAGAAAGCAACACCCAUCCAACCCCCUGCAGCCCUCAUUGGCUAGAAUCUUUCACCUCUGAGACCCAGCAUGGAAAGAAACUCUUUGCAUAGCUACUGCAGCUCUUUGCUUUAAGCCUUUCCUUGGAAGAUGCAAAACUGAAGGGGCUGAAAAAGAAGAGACUCCCCAACCUGGAUUUCCUCCUCCUGCUACGACGCCCCUGUUCCUGUUUCUCUUCAUUUGUUUCUGGUUGUUUCUCUUGGGGUGGGUGGGGCAUUCAUUCUGCCAAGUGCUGAGAAGAUGCUUCUCAUUCCCUGUAUUUCUGAUCAGGAGCAGAGAACUGCUCAGGGUCUCUUCCUCCCCGGGCAGGACCAUCACUCCGGGGUCCACUGUCUGAAUUAGUUCAUCCCUAACAGCAUCCUGAAGCGCUGAGACCUGCAAGCGGAUUCCGUUCUAAGUGGACGGACUGAGAAUGAAAACACCUGUUGCAGGAAAUCAGAAGGUUGAGCUGAAAGACACUGAGAGAAGCCUUCAUCUUUUUCUCUUCAGGGUGGGGCCGUAGAGCUGUGCGAUGGAUCCCCUGCUGAGAAUGCAGAAGGUCCCCGGUUGAACCUCCAGCAGAAGCUGUGGGCCGGGCUGGGCCAGGAGUUGGCGUUUUAGUGCCCUCCAGGUGUUUUCAGCUAUGAUUCCCACAAUCCCAGCCCCUGCUGUCUGGGGUUUAUGGGAGUUGUAGUCCAUCACACCUGGAGGACACCACAUCCCCUCCUCCCAGUGCAGACAGUGAGCUAGACAGACCAGGGCCUGACUCUGUGGAAGGCGGCUUCCUCUGUGCUAUUGCAGCCUGCAGACCUCCCAGCGUGUUGGACUACAACUCCUAUCAUACCCAGCCAGAACAGCCAUUGGGGAGGAUGAGACUUGUAGCACAGCACAUUUUGAAGGCACCAAGUUGCAAAAGGGUAUGUUUUUGUUUCCAAAAUUUUAAUCAUUCACUCCUUUUUACUUUGAUUCCAGAGGAAUAGUUGUCAGUUUUCAUAACAGAAGGCAAACUUUCUAAUAAAAACAAGAAUACUUUGA